AUGGAGAAGAAGCUGGAAGAGCACCAGGAGCCCGAGGAGCCCCAACUCCAAGAGCCAGUCAAGGAAUCUCCCAAGACAGACUGGACUUUGGUGGAAGAGCCACAGCCGAAGGUCUCUGAAGGCGGUCGAAGCUUUCUGACAAAGCCUUGGUUCAUGGCUGCGAUGGCUCUGGUUGUGGCUUGUUGUGGAUCAGCAUGGAAGUGGAGCUUGGAGGCAAACGCGUGUUCUUCUGUGGACGUCCUCAAGAAGGAUGCAAUGUUCAAAUGCUCGAUGCGUUGGUUCAGCCGUUUUGGCUUCAUGGAAUGUGACAAGUUGGCUCUCAAGUCACACUUGCACUUACGCAAAGCAACAAUCAUGGAUGAGGUUGGCUUCGGCAGCUUUGUCAAUGGUUGGAGAGCAGGAGGUUACUUCCAUGAGAAGGAGCUCGCCAAGGCAGAAUGGCUGCACGGAUACCCCCUGAGUUGUGAGGGAACGUGGUCUGAUUGGGGUGACUGCUCCACUUCGUGUGGGGGUGGUCGCCACUGCAGCUACUUCAGCAUCAGGCAGCAGGCCCGCCAUGGAGGUCAAGAGUGUCCUCGUGUUGAUGGAGCAGAACACUGCUCGGAUUGCAACACGCAGCGAUGCCCCAGAAAUUGCCAGUUGGGACCGUGGGAGUUUGAUCUCUGCAGUGAACUUUGUGGUGGCGGAACUCAGAGGCAGCACCGCGAAGUAAUCUCAGAGAGUCAGUUCGGAGGGUCUUGCCCAUUGCCUGAUUCAAUGGAGCGUGUUCAAACGGUUCCUUGCAACACACACCCAUGCCCAGAUGGUGUGCUGGAAGAAAUUGGCCGGGCAGUGUCAAUGGGCGCUGCCAUCCAGGAUGGAACACAGCAAAGCGAAGCUUUACAUAAGACGAAGCACCAGUUGCUGGAUCACCUUCCGAUCGUCAAUUGCACCGCCGGCAUGGGUUCGCAGCAAGCAGUCGCAAGUUGCCAUCAGCACAAUGCAGUUGCCAGCACAUCAAUGGACCUCGCUCUGAAGUUAGAAACAGGCCAUGAUGAAUGCGAACUUGCAGCCGCCCAGUUUCAGGUUCUGCUUGAUGCGCUCAAGCACAACUUGCCUCACCUGGUCAAGCAGGUUUGUUCCGGUGACCGGGAUGGUGCCAGCAGCACAUUCUCAGUGCUGGUGGAGCCGGUGGUUGAUGCAACGGUGGAGCAGUUUGAUAGGUGCCGACAGCCUUACGCCGAUUUUGGUAAGCUCUUGGUUCCGUUGAAAAGCCAUCUGACGAGUCUGCACUUCGACGCCAAAUCGAGAGAAGAUGAAGUACUUGCCAAGAUCAAGAAGGAAACGGCUGGCAAGGAAGGGGCAUUGCAGGAGAUCUCCAAGUCAGCGGAGGAGAUGAGCAGCACUUCCAAGCAGCGUGAUGAAGCGUAUCAAGUGCUGCAAAGAAAAGAAAGAGACUUGUUCAACUACCGCCAGUCUUCUGCAAGGAAAAUAGAUGCCAAAGAGGAACAAGCUCGCGCUGCACAGGAGAGAGCCAGGCAGGAGCGGCAUGAAGCCCAAGAUCUCGACGAGUCCUUGAAGGGCAAAGACAGGGAUACGACACGUAUCAACCGGGAAUACAGAGAAGCAUCGGAUGCUGAAGAGGAGAGCGACGAGGUUCGCAAGGAGCUGGAAGAUGCCAGACUCCGGUACCAGCAGGAGGUCCAAAAAGACGAAGCUGCCUUGCGACGGGCAGAGGCCAUGUUUCAGAGUUUGGAAGCAGACUACAAGGAGCAAAAAGCAGGACAAAAGGCCUCUCAAGAUCGACUGCGGCAGGUAGAGUUGCUCGUGCAGGACCUGCAGUUCGACCUGAAAGCGAAUGCCAAGGUGAGAGCUUUAUCCGAAGGCUUGAACGCGGAGUCCGCCGAUGAUUUGGCAAGACAAUGGAGGAGUAACAUCACCAAACUCCGGACAAUCGUGAAUCGCAUCCGCAGCUACUUGAAAUCACUGCCAGCGCAAUUCAGCAGAGCUUCUGACAGGGCAUGUGAAGCUGCGAAGCAUCAUGUUCUGGGCAUUCUCAGUGCAACAAAGAUAGGCAAGCCCGGCAGCCAGAGCAAGGCUCAUGAAGAAGCCACCGAUGCUUCUGUCAAUGCCGGUUAG